CUAGAGUUUAGAAAAGGGGAUGCAACCAGAAGUGUCUCCCCGCCAAGCUUCCCCAGCCACCACGCCACACCGACCCCCACCUCUGCAAGAGAGUCCGCGGUCCGGCCAUCUCGGGACCCCCACUGCUGAGUUCAGGAGCCACUUCAAUCGGUUGUCGUCCCAGUGGCCGCCCUCUGAGCACGUGUUGCUGCCGGUCUGCGUCAACGCUGGGUAAACAGAUUACUGGCUGACAGCGCCGGGAGGGGCUAUUUAAGAGGCAGCGUCCUGCCGGCCCACCUGAACUUGGCUCAGCUCCCCCGCCACUCCUGUCGAAACGCACGCGAAGCCCGCUGAGUCCUACUCCGAAGCCAUGAACGGCGGCGUGUGCCUGUGCGUGCUGCUGGCGGUCCUGGCGGCCGGCGCCCUGGCGCAGCCCGUCCCUUCGGCGGACCCGGUGGGCCCAGGGGCGCAGCAGGAGGAGGAGGAGGCGCCCCGGAGGCAGCUGAGGGCAGUGCAGAAGGUGGACGGCGAGUCCCGAGCGCACCUGGGCGCGCUGCUGGCCAGGUACAUCCAGCAGGCCCGGAAAGCUCCUUCUGGCCGAAUGUCCGUCAUUAAGAACCUGCAAAGCCUGGACCCCAGUCACAGGAUAAGCGACCGGGACUACAUGGGCUGGAUGGAUUUUGGCCGGCGCAGUGCUGAGGAGUAUGAGUACCCUUCCUAAGGGACCCCGCCUUUGUCAACAUGCCAGGAAGCGACCUCCUGGCUCAGAUGAGGCAGAAUAAGAAAACAAUCACAAUUCAUAACUCAUUGUCUCUGAAGUUUGGUAUUUUAAGUAUCUAUUUAUUAAGUUUUCAGUGUGAAAAAUAUGUCUGUAAGAUUGUCCAGGGCAACCUCGCGCCUCACCAGACUUGUAUGAAUGGAAGACAAAACAUUUUCCUCGUCUGUGACGCCUGGUCCUAAAGUGUUGCUAUGCUAUUAAAAUGAUUUCAUUCUG